GCCUCUAACCCCUUCCUUAGCAAUUUUCGUUAAGCAUUUUUAGAUAGAGAAGAGUAAUGUUUCAAUCUUGAACCUUCAAAUAUGGAAAGAGGUGAAAGAGGGAUCAACCAUCCCUGAAUCUGUGAUGAAUUCAGUGAACGCAACGCUAAUGAACUUUGAAAACCUGAGGACCCAUUUGCUCCAAUUCUUGUCUCUCUCUGACCCCGAUGUCCUUGCUGAAAUGCCCCCUCUUUAGCGCGCUCAGGCUUUCUUCACGCUUGCCAAAGCCACUACUACUCUUUUCGUCUUGAGGUUGAGAUGCAGUGGAGUGCACCCCAGAUGAAUAUCCUGUUAAGUUAGAGCUUAUUCGUCGUCUAAAUCUGCAUUUUUCUUCUCUCAAACUAAAAGUAUCACUUUUUCAUUAGGGUUCAUUUGUUUAUGUGUCUUUUGUUGGGAGGCUUAUUCAACCUUUUUGUUUGGUGAUAUUGAUAUUGCUUAAUUAUUUGCUGUAGCACUAGGAUAUCAUUAAUUGAUUUGUCUGUUGUAAAGUUCAAUGGGCAUGUCUGACUGUCUUAACUUUUCUAUUCUAUUUAGGUUUCUGUAUGAAGGAGAGAUUAAGCUUGUACCAAGACAAGUUAGAGCGGUUCAUAGACUUAGUAAAGCGCCUUUGCGACCUUCAACUACCUUGAACUCUCAGACAGCAACCCAUUUCAUUGAGUAUUCUUUACUUGACCUGACCCCUGAGCAGAGACUAAGUAUGAGGCAUAUCAGUAAAGGAGAGGGUUCAAGAAUCAAAUGCUCUGAUAGUAAUGUUAAACAAAAGAGAAAAUAACAAUCUGAAAAGCAAUCUGUUCAAGAUGCUGCUAAAGAAUUCCUUGAGAAGGAAGCCCGUGAACUUUUUGGUGAUAAAAAGAUGGUUUAAGGGACCUAUACAGGUUGAUGCUUUAGAUGAUGACCUGCCUGUGAGCUAAUCCUUCAGUCAAUCAUGGUAGAUAUGUGUUUCAUAUUGAUACAUUAUUUUUAUUUCCUCCUAGUUUCUUACUCGUAGCCUAUGCAUGUAUGCAGUUGAUAUCUUUAUUAGAUAUGCAUAUCAAAAAACAUGUUAUGUGGGUGCCUAACCAUAUGGUCUA